CCGGCCGGCACACUGACGUGUCGCGGCGCGCGUGUGUUUAACUGUGUCCGGCGAUCGACGGACGUUCCAUUCGAGUUCGAAUCACAAUUCUUCCGAUCAAAGUGGUAACUUGUCCUUUUUCAACUUUCAACGGAACACCGCAUACUUCAUACAUUGUUUCCGUUCGUACAUUUAGACGUGUCACUCAGAGAAAUUCGUUUUUGGAAAUAGUGGCGGCAACUAUGAAGUCGCGAUUUCUGCCAAACGAUCCUCAUCGGCGUUUACGGCCGACACGUGUCCGACACGUAACUUACUGAUACGCUUUUGUCAAACAGCUGUGCGAAAACUGCACUGAUAGUAUUACAGCGAGACAGUACUAAUUGACGAUCCCCCCGGAGAUCAACACGACAAAGCUCCUUCGUGUCAUUCCAUCCGGUCAUGCCGGUAUCCUUGCAGUGGACGACAUCAGCCACCCGAUGAGUUGUUGGCUACCAGUCGUGUGUGUAACGACGCCACCGCUGACCUGAGCGUUUGUGGGAAGUAUGUGGAAGACACGUAACCGAUACAAUUGGUCGUGGUCUAUACGUAUUGUCGUUAUUGUAGUUGCCACAGCCGUCACGGUCGCUAUGUCCGAACCGCGUGAAUCUGCCGCGUCCUCCUCUACCGCUGCUGUCACGUCCCAACUGGAGCGGGCGCCGUUCAUGUCUGUAGCCGUUGGCCAAGACGGUGUUGAACAUCAGACAAAUAUGCCUGAUUCAGCGGGCAGUAAACAACAUUGUCCUUGGUGCAAACAAGCAUCCGACGCGUUACCAUCAACCGCCAACGCGAAUAGGCACCAUCAUCGACGAAAGCACAAACUGCGUGGCCGGCGGCACUAUGACAGCGUCGCUAGGUCCAGCCUAGACAAACAGCGAAUAGAAGCAAUCAAAGAACAAAUACUCUCAAAGCUUGGUAUGACCGCCAAACCUAAUGUCACCAAAGCUAGGUCCACCAGGUUCCUGGCGGAAGCUCUAGCCGUUGAACCACUGUCGGGGUUAACCGCUACUGAUUCCGACACUGCCACCGGGAACACAUUACCGCCCAGCACGCGUUUUCCUUUAUCGCCCAGAGAUUCCGAUUCUGAACCAGAUGACUUUUACGGCCGUACCAGAGAAAUAAUUGGAUUUGCAGAACCAGGAUCGACGUUGAACGGACAAACAUUGUUAGAAUUUCCGUGGUCGCAGGACAUGGGAAGUUCAGACUCAGUAAAAGUCAAGUCCGCAAAACUAUGGUUUAGAUUAGAAUACAGACCGGACGUACCACCAGUCGCUCGAAGAUCACAUCAUAGUCACAAUGUAACUCUGUGGCUCUUUAAAAUUAACUUCCGUGCGAACCCAUUACGAAAUACCACGUUCCUAAGUGGUAAGGAAUUCGAUGAACACGCCACCCUGGCGUCGUCGCUAUCGCUGUCGCUGAAUAACUUGGGAUGGAUAUCGGUAGACGUGACCAACACGGUGCAAGAAUGGUACGGAACGAGCGGCAAGCAUCGACUGCGCUUUCAUAUCGACUGUUCCGGAUGCGGCGGUCUAGUUUCACCCGUACUGUUCCACGACACCAGGCAGGCCAAUGAAUGGGAAAACCCGUUUCUAAUGGUGUACACGGACCCUACGGUUACCAGGAGGGUCCGACGCAGGGCGUUGGAUUGUUCGCUAGCAGUACGUGGACAAUGUUGCAAGCAAAGGUUUUACAUAAAGUUUCAAGACAUCGGUUGGGACUCGUGGAUAAUCGCGCCCGGAGGAUACUACGCCAACUAUUGCAGGGGUGACUGCGGUGGCGUGCACAGGACGCCAGAUACGUAUUUGAACUUUUACACGCAAGCCAUCGAGGACUAUAGAAAAGCAAAGCACUCGUCCAUUUUCCAGCCGUGCUGCGCACCCGUCAAGUUUUCCUCGAUGUCACUCAUAUACUUCACAGACGACGGUAACAUAAUCAAAAGGGAUCUGCCCAAAAUGGUCAUCGACGAAUGUGGUUGCCCUUAGACCGGCCAAUUGAACAACGACCCUAAACGAAUCAAUAUUUUGUAUUCACUGCAACAUCCAUUUCAUGACGUCACUAAGACCGUUCUGCCCAAAAUAAUUUAACAACAUCUCGUGACAAAAAAAAAAGAAAAAUCGUUUUCUUCUGUUUGUUUAUCAAUUUAUUUGUACAACUAUAUAAUUGUUUACAUUAAUGCGAAAUUAUUUUACAAUCUAUUAUAUAAAUUAUGUGCACCGAGACGGUUUUGUACAGUGUAAUAUAAACGACGAAUCGUAUUCUAGUUCCUUGACUAAGCAUAUUUUAGCAGUAUAAAAUGCGCAUAGUUAAUAAUUUAUUAGCAUAAACCAUCUAACGUCUAAUACGACUAACGCGUUAACAUUUGUUCAUAUUUAUUCAAUGAUAAAAAAUAAUAAUCUUGUGAAUCCAAAUCAAUCGCCCUCAACAUUUUUUAACAAGAGUUAAUGUCGUUCACGCUUAACAUUAAUAAUUAAACAACAUGCGCAACAACUGUCAAGUCACGCAACAAUCUAUAGUAGUUUUUUUUAAUACAUUGUUUAUAGAGAUCUGUUUUUUGUGGAACUAUAAACAAGAUCAACCGAUGAUAAUAAAUUCUCAUUGAAAUUCUACGCGAUACACUUUUCCCAAGGAUUUAUUAAUUAUAGUUUUAACAAGUAAUAAAAGUAAAUUAUUAUCUACUAAUGCGAUUUAAAAAUAAUGUAAUUUCAUCAAAUAUAACAAUAUUCGACGAAUGCUUAGACAAAUAAACGAUUUGAUCAAACGUAUUAAAAAAACUUUUUAAUAUCAUGAUACAUGAUACAUAUUAUUGUAGUUGAUUGCGUGUAAAAUUGUAUUUUCCCUUUCAUAAUAUUUAUAACCAACAUCUGCCGUUAGUCAAAUAAGUAUUACCUUAAUCGCUUAUUAUCUAUUCGAAAGCUUAAAAACCUUAAUUAUUAUCAUAGUGUAUUCAAUAAAUUCAAUAGUGAAAAGUUUACUAUUCAAAUCAAAACUACAACGUUGAACAAAAAAAGAUGUUUUUAUUUAAUCAAACCAAACUUUCUUUAUAUUGAUACAGAUUCAAUUCAAUGAACCCUAAAUCAUUAUUAUUAAUUAUUUCCAAUAGAAAAAUAAUAUACUUAAAAAAUAUAUACGCUGUUUCAACUAAGCCAGAAAAAUUAAGUUAGUUGUUUUGCAAUCCUUUUAAUUGUACAAGUUUAUUUUACACUUUGAUUCUUUUGGGAUGUUUUAGAGUCGAUUUUUAAGGCGAAUAAAUAUUUUUUAUCAAUAAAAUAUACCGUAGCUUAUCGCGAAAAGAAUUUCUUAUCGCAAAACAUGCACAAUUAUUUUUCGGGAGAUAAUUUGUCAUUAAUGACCAGAUCCGAGUAAAAUACUGUUACUGAGAUGUAAUUAAACUCUAUAAAUGUCUCGAACGCCAUAGGCUUGUAACGUGUUCAAUACUAUUUAAUAAUACCGAGUAAACCCGCAAAAAUAUAAGAUGGUGCGAAUGAAAUUCAAUUAAUCAAUUAUCUUUUUCAUCGUUUUGACGUUUCUGUGUCAUGAGUUUUUUUAAAUUUAGGAUCUAAGGCAUAAUCUUUAACUGUCCACCACAGCUAUCGUUUGGCAAUAUUGUUUAUUAUUUAAUGUAUGAUGAAUAGUCUUUACGAUAAAAACUUGAGUGGGCUACAAUAAUUUUUCAUUUCAACAAAAACCAACAAAUGCUUUGCAAUGAACAUUUUAUUUCUACUAACCGCUUUUACAAUAAUCGUAAUAAUCAUAAUGAAAUUUAUAUUGAUUUACCUAUCGGCGCUUUUUACUUGUAAACGUUCUAAAAAGUGUAGAACUAUAAGAAUACUGUAGUUUACCAACGUUUUUGUGUAUACAUAUCUUCCAAUUCGUUAUCCCUUUAUUUUUUUAUUUUUUGACGUUAUGAAACUUUAUUUAUUUAUUUUAUAAUAAUCUUUAUUGAUAACGAAUUGUUAUUGGUUCGAUUUUAUUCAUAUCGGAAAAUCUUUAGAAGAAACAAUAACGAAUGUUUUUUUUAACUCAAUCCUUGAGGAUAUUUUCGAAAAUCUUAAUUAUGAAAAAGACAUGUUUUUAUUUAGGCGUGAUCUAAUCAGAGACUGAUCGAGAGUAGAGAAACGUUAAUAAUAUCGACUUAAUUCGUAUCAAAUUUAAAGGGAUUAAUUAGAAAAAAAUUAAAUAUUCGUAAUAGACAACAUUUCAUUUACAAAAAAAAAAUAUAUCUAGAAAAAUUGUUAAAUUUAUUUUUCUUCGUGUAGAAAUAUAUUGUUUUUUAUAAUUGUAAACGUUACAUAAUAGCCCAAAGUGUUAUAAACAUUAUAAUUAUUAUAAUAAAUAAGUAAAAAAAAUUUGCUAAUAUUGUGAUAUUGAAGCUUUUUUUAUUAUCCCCAAUGAAUAACUUAUUUAUUAAAUAUUUUUUUUACUAUAUAAAAUUAAAUAAUAUUCGUACUCCAAACCUUACAUUUACACGAAGUAUAAUAACAAUUAAUGAAACAUAUUAUUAGUUUUAGGAUUUUAGCGUUGUUACCUUGCUAUAUACUAUGUGCUUUGAUAAAAAUGUAGUAUUUAUAUUGUUGUAUGAUAAAUAAUGACCUUAAAUAUUAAUUAUUAUGUAUAGAAAAGAAUAAAAUGAAAAAAUCUGUUAGUAAUUUUUUUUCUGAUAUAAUCAUUCUUCCUUCUACUUCAAUAAAAUGUUACACUACAUAAUUGUAAAAGAAGCAGUUGUAUUGUUAAAAUCAUAUGCAUAAAAUAUAAGUGGAUUUAGAUUACCAAACAUUUUGCAAGCUCUUCCCGACCUUUAUUUAGCGUUUUUUUGAGUUUUUAAAAAGAAGUAAAAUAUAGAACUUACAGUAACUUAGUAGUAUCUGUUUCUAUGAAGAUAAUGCAAUAAUUUUAAAAAGAAACCAAAAUUUAUUUUUAUAAGUAUUAGCACUCGAUAAUAGUUUAAACUUGAGACAACCGUAAGUGAAAAAGAGGAGGAUUAAAUGCUUUAGUAAACUUACACGACAAAAGAAACUAAUAGUAAAUGUAAUACAACAAUAGUUUUGGCAAACUCGCAAACGAUAUCUUCUUCGAUAAGUUUUUAUUUUUUGUACUCUCUUCAAAUUUAUAACUCAGAUAAACAUAAAAAUAAAUUAUUCAAACUAUCACAAUCAAUAAUAUUAAUGUUAAAUGCAAAUUGUGCACUACAUUUAUAAUUAGCGUACAAUAUUAGAUGACAGCAACUUUUUCACGUAAACACCGCUAACGUUGUUAGUACUUUAAUGUUGUACGAGAAAAAAAUAAAUCUCCAAUUCCUGAAUACUACAAUCCUCACAUAAGCGUUGCAAUAAAAAACUGCGGUCUUUGCAUCUUUGUGUGAUUUAUAUUUGCGCUGCAAAAACUCUAACACAAGCAAGUCAGUUUUUCUCUAUUAUCUAUUAAAUUUUUUUUUGAUAUUUGUAUUAAGAACAUGGCUGAAUUUAUUACUCAAAGGACUCAUAAUACUGUGUAUAAAUUUUGAAAAGAGCUGGAUAUUUGUUCAACUUAUUUAUUCUGAUAGAAACUAUCAAUCUACAAAAACAUUUAUUUGUCUGUGCCUUGUUUGUGGGGUCUAGAGCGGAAGUGAUGCAAAAUGCAUAAUCGAAAUAAAUAACAGCAAAUAAAAAAAAAAAACAA